UGCAUACGCUCGACACCUCCUCAAUGAGAUUUGGAAGCAUGCCUGGAACAGGAAGCGGCAGGCUCUGACGGCAUACUGGGGUGGCGAGCGCGUGGGGCCUAGCAUCCUCCGUCUAGCUGAGAUCGGUUUUGUAUCAUCGACCGACUGGAGGUA